UACCACCACCAUUAGACACCUGUCAGUGCAGGUGGAGAGAGUGACUGCUGGAUAUCUGAGCCUGGAGGUUUCACUGCAGGGCUCCUCUUUAACUCUUUGGACUGUUUUCUUAGUUUAACUAUCAAGACUUUGUGCAUUUGUAUUUUAUUUAAUAUUUGUGUUUUGGACAUAACUGAACUUUGAUCUGAAGUGUUAGUAUUGCUGCUGCUACCACUGGAUGUGUUCAAUGGUUACUGAAUCCCAGGUGUUUUUGAAGGAGUGAAAACUAUUGGGGGAGGAAAGUUCUCAUCCCAGGCAUUUCUUCUGGGACUGGAUUUAAGGGGUUUGGUGUUGUUGUGACUGUUUCUGAGACGCCCAUCGUCAGAUAAGCUGAGUGGUCAUGGCAGACUUCCCGUCCAAGGUUACCACGGAAACCAGCUCCCCCAACUCCCAGAGCUCUCAGGGGGGCAACAGCCUCUCAGGGCUGACCGCUAACAUGACCAACAGGAUGGACAUUUCCUUUAUCCGAAGCAUCCCGGCCAUCCUCAUGUUGGUUGAAAUAAUUUCUGGGCUGCUCCAGUGGUCGCUGAUAGCCAGCGCCCCCUACACGGUGUUGCCAGCGUAUGGCUGGGUGAUGCUUGUGGCUGUCACUCUGUGGAUCCUCACCACCAUCCUCUUCUUCAUGAUCCUGUUCGGCGCCCAGCAAAUACUCACCUCCAUCCCCUGGCCUCUGACAGUGAUGACGUAUCACGCGACAGCCGCUGGCCUCUAUCUGAGUGCUUUCCUGGCCAACGCAGCAUCUGUGCGCCCCUUCUACUUCACCUAUUACUACGGACGUAUGGCAGCUGCCGCUUUCUUUGGUGCUGUGGCAGCCGUGGCGUACGGUGGAAGCGCCUACCUCUCCUAUAUGGAAUGGAAGAGAGACGGAGGAAAUGCUGCCACCAACACAGUGCCGACCUAGGACUCAAACCUGUGAUGCCGAUCCUGGAAAAAAGACUCGUCAUGUUUAAGAUACUGUAGUUAUUUGGAUAGUCAGCCAUCGACACGGGUGAUAGUUGAGUAUCACUGCUGACUCUGGUAACCCAAAUCCUGGCCUCUUCUUAACCCCAGUAUUAACAAUAAGAUGAAACCUAAUUCAGACAGAAGAUAUCCUCUAUUAUAUUACUUUUCAAUCAAACUCUUUAAACUUCUUUUACCUUCAUGUUAUGAAAAUAAAUUAUAUAUCAGCACUGGGUUAUCCACACAAAAUGUGCUGUAUCUCAAAAAUCAUCAUCAAAAAGUGCUUUUUUAGACGGCACUGAGGUCUUAACCUGCUUUCUUGUAAUAAUACAGUUAUUAAUACUAUCAAUGUCAAUACACAAAUAAAGCCGACAGUGCCUCGAAGUCUUGGUAA